AAUAUGGCGGAUCCUGCUAUUACUUUUCCCCACAACAAACCACUUACCACGCAUCCAAACUAUUAUGUGAAAGCCUAGGCAUGCAUCUGGUCUACAUCGGAUCACAGGAAGAAGGAGACUUCUUGGAGUUCAAGAACCCAUUGUACGGAUACAGAUACGUAUGGAUUGGGUUAAGUGCUGUAACCUGGCUCGAUAAUUCUACCCUGACCUAUGCUAAUUUCGGUAAAACCACCUCGACAUUCGAUGACGGAGGAACUUGCUUCAUGAUGAAUUCUUCCGCUUCUUUCCAAUGGCUCGACGAUGACAGUUCUAACCAGCAUUACUACAUUUGUGAAAAGGAAGUAGGUACCGAAUCUACAACAUUCACCCCCACAACAAGUCAAAGUUGCACCGACGUUGCUGCAUUAAGUUCUAUACCGACAACCGAUACCACUCCAGCAACAUCUACCACAGGCACAACCCAAGCGAUGACUACGUCUCAAAUCUCUGCCACACACACAACCCAAUCGAUGGCUACGUCUCCAAUCUCUACCACAGGCACAACCCAAGCGAUGACUACGUCUCCCAUCUCUACCACAGGCACAACCCAAGCGAUGACUACGUCUCCAAUCUCUACCACAGGCACAACCCAAGCGAUGACUACGUCUCCCAUCUCUACCACAGGCACAACCCAAGCGAUGACUACGUCUCCAAUCUCUACCACAGGCACAACACAGGCGAUGGCUACGUCUCCAAUCUCUGCCACAGGCGCAACCCAAGCGAUGACUACGUCUCCCAUCUCUACCACAGGCACAACACAGGCGAUGGCUACGUCUCCAAUCUCUGCCACACCUGCAAAACGGGCGAAGGCGGCAACUGCAAUCUUCUCUGCUCCGGUGGAAGCUCACAAGCGAUCCAAUUACUUCAAAAUGUUGGUCAAUGGUGCAACACUAGUCGAUGUCCUUGUCCACUCAUCGUAUACCGCGUCGACCGUCAUCGCAUGCGGCCACGGGUGCCUAAAUGACUCUCUCUGCUCAUGCUUCACGUACAUCGCCCAGGAUAGGACAUGCCUUCUUGCUGAGAGUUGCCCGUUGACAUCACAGUCCGGCUUUGAAAAACGCCCUGGAGCUGUAACCUAUUCAACUUAAAUCCAAUCUAGGCUUCUUCAAAAUUAACUUCUUCAUAUUGUUAUAUGCAAAGUGAAAUUAUUCUAAUGCAACGCGUGGCUACUAAUAGACAAAUUACUUUUUUUUUCUUCUCUUGAUUUCUUAUGAAAUAUUAAAUUUGUUAUGUUUUUUGAUAAUGGUUAAAUUACAUUAUCUAUAAAGCGCAUAUGUAUCCAAUUUCAUAUACACUGUAACAGCAACUGUAAUUAUUAGAGCACAUAACACAUGUAAAACAUUGCAAAUUCUCAUUACUAAAAUGCAUGGUUAUUUUAUUUUCAGAAAGUUUGAUUAUUUAUCUGCGUUCAAAUAUUACAACACAUGAAUGUUAAACAUCUUUCAUUUAUUGCAAUAUUUAUUUAUUUGAAUUGUGGUGUAUUAUCUUUUCUAGAUUAGUUGGGUUAGGCUCAUUCGUACAGAAGUAUUUUGAGUACAUCUCUCUCGAAGUAAAUAACCAAUUUGAACAAACUCUUACGGGGUAUUAGAGAUUCGGUUUCGUGAAACUGUCAUCGCUGCUACAGCACAUGCUUGAUCAAUUCAUAUUGUGAAAGGGAGUAUCUUAGCUGUAAACCUAGGCGUUUAAACAAGGCUGUAUCGAAAAAUUACGCCCCCCCCCCCAAUAUCACUGCGUGUAACUUUAAACAAAACGUGAAUUGUUUUUGAACAUACAAUUUCUUCAGCAAAUAUUAUUCGAUUCCUUUCGUCUAGUGAAAUCUACACUCGACAAAAAAAGAAACUGGACAUUAAGUAUAUAGUUAAGAAUUUCAAAUAAAUAUUUGAUAUAAAAUUAUCUUUCAUACAUCGAAAAAACCUCUUAUCCUCUUACAAUCGAAAACAUACGCAUGAAAAACCAUCAUGAAAAAAAAUAAAAAUAAAAACGGGGCAUCUGGCCGAUUCAAAGUUUAAUGAGCAUUAGGCGUAUCUUAUGGCUCGUCCACGAUCUUGGGUGUAAAGGGGCAUCUGGCCGAUUCAAAUUUUAAUGAGCAUUAGGCGUAUGUAAUAUGGCUUGUCCACGAUCUUGGGUGUAAAGGGAUGGAAUCUUGACGGUAAUUGUCAAUACCAUGCAGUCAUAAGACUAUAAUA